AAUGCGAAACUGCGUAGCAUCUGCAUAAGUUUCGAAUGUUUCAAGCAGAGCGUUCAGAGUUCAAACUCAGAAUUUUCCUAUUGUAUUUUCACAGAUUCGGUGAAGUGCUUCAACCAAAUUCGAAUAUCUGAUAAGAUUAUAAUCGAAGCAAUGAUAACUAUUCGAAAAGUUAUAUUUACAUUUAUUUUGCUUGCAUCAAGUUCGGGUUUCAAUGUCAAUUUAAAACAUGAAAUUACUAAAGUUAACAUCAAUGUUGUGUUUUCGAACAUUGACCAUCGUUCUCUUGACUGCGACUCUUGCAGAAAACAGCGAUGAAGCAAGAAUAUUGGCGUCUGUACCAACAUGCUCCUACAGUCAUCAGAUAGUUUUUAGACCUUUAUGGAAAGCUCUAGCUAGGAAUGGACAUGAAAUAGUUCUUCUUACCGCUGAUCCCAUGGAGGAGGAAGUUGAAAACAUAAGGCAAAUCGAUUUAAGUGUUGGUUACGAUGUAAUGGAGAGGCACGGAUAUAACAAAAUUAUAUCCAACAGCGAUGAGAUGGAUUUGUCGUUUUUCACUAAGAUGUCGACAAUUAUACACGAUAUCAGUAUGGAACAACUGCUUCUACCUGACAUGCAACGACUUAUACACAACAAGAGCGAGAAAUUCGAUUUGCUGAUGCUUGAAAUAGCCUUCAACCCACAUAUUGCUCUUGCCGAAAAGUUUGGUAUUCCUAUUAUAGGUUUAUAUUCGAUGGAUGUAUUGAAUUAUAUCCAUAACAAUAUGGGAAAUGAUGUCCAUCCAGUUUUACAUGCAGAAUUGGCUAAUUUUGCUGGAUGGACACAACCUCUUUCUUUCACUCAAAGAAUCUUUGCUGUGUUAUUCAAUAUUCUCAUGAAUUCUUACGGUGAGUUUUUCGUAAAUCCAAUGAUGAAUAAGAUAAUACAGGAAGUUUUCGGAAAAAACAGCAGACCGAUAGAAGAGUUAAUCAAAGAAACAGACAUGCUGUUUCUAAAUGUGAACCCUGCUUUACAUCCUAUCAGAGCUGUUACACCAAACACUAUUAUGUUUGGAGGAGGUACCCAUUUGGACACCGUUGCCAAACCGCUACCUGAGGGAAUUAAAAAGUUUCUGGACAGCGCACCUGAUGGAGUGAUUUAUUUCAGUUUGGGAUCCAACGUCAAGAGUGCUUUGAUUAGAGAUGAGCUUCGGCAGUUAUUCCUAGAAACGUUUGAGGAACUGCCUUAUAAGGUUUUGUGGAAAUUUGAGAACAAAGAACUUCCGAAUAAACCUGAUAAUGUAAUGAUUCAAAAGUGGGUUCCACAAGGUGACGUACUGAGGCAUCCAAAUAUAAAAGUUUUCAUUACCCAGUGUGGGCUUCAGUCAAUGGAAGAAGCUAUAAUGAAUCACAUACCUUUGGUUGGUGUACCAUUUUUUGCUGAUCAGCCUUCGAAUGCAGCUAUGAUGGCAAAUAAAGGUUUUGGUAUUCAUUUGGACCACAGCAAAUUGACAAAAGAAUUAUUCAAAGAGACUAUUUUAGAAGUAAUAAACAACCGGAAAUACAAAGACAAAGCAAUCGAGAUUGCUGAUCUGUUCAGAGAUGUUGAAAUGACAGGUCUUGAGAAGGUUGUUUGGUGGACUGAGUAUGUUAUUAGAAACAAGGGAGCCAAACUUUUUAGAAAUCCGAUUAUUGAUCUGCCAUUCUAUCAGUACUAUCUCCUGGAUGUGAUAGGUUUUGUAGGACUUAUAUGUUUUAUUGUAAGCUUUGGUGUGAUCAAAAUAAGUCUGUUCCUAUUUAGGCAAGCGAAACAAUUAAUUUCAAAGAAAACUAAAAAAGACUGAAACAUUGGUGCAUGUGUCGUGAGAUAUGUGCCAACAAAAUAAUAAUAAUAAAUGUAUCAUUAAGUA